CGCCAGCCUUCCAGAGACUGUCAAUCUUCUUCAAUUGGCUUUCUGCGAAGCCGCUCAAUGGGCCUGAGAUGAGCAGUCGCCGGGUCCUGGGCUUCACUGCCGAGCAAGCGCAUAUCUGCAAUCGCAAUGGCAUCUACCCGGUGCAGUCACAGAAACCGUCUAUCAGGAUCAUGACGGCAGCAGCACAAUGGCGAGUUGCUGCUGGACAGCACGCCAGAACAUCUCAACUCUUUUGUCGAGCCAUCCACACUAGUCACAUAAAUGCCCGAGAAUGGACAAUAACCGACCCCAAACCACCAUCUCCCCCAAAUCGACCACAUCAUCCACCCGGCCCCGCCCAUAAGAAGCUCUCCCCGAUCGCCGAACGAACCCGUUCCCUUAUGCGCCUCUUCCCACAUUCCGUUGUAGUAUGCACCUCUACUGAUACGCAUACGCAUAACCAUUCCUUGCAGCCGCACAAGCCUCAUAAGCCGACCAUGCGCGGCAUGACCAUGUCCUCUCUCACCUGCCUCGGCCUUUCCCCCUCGCCCAUUGUCAGCUUCAACAUCACCCACCCGUCCCGGACACUGGACGCAUUGCGCGCCAGCAGGCGGUUCAAUAUCCACAUCCUCACGGAUGACAUCGCGGGCGCGGCGAUUGCGGACUGGAUGACCAGGGGAAACAGCGAAGGGCCAGAAAAGGUGUUCAGAGGGCUGGAGAGUGAAUGCGGGUGUGUGGUUGCCAACCAUGAGGCGAUGGAUAUGCGUAGGGAUGAUGGAGAGGCACCCCUACUGGAUGGGGAUGGAGUACUCUAUAUAAUGAAGUGCAGGGUAUUGGAGGAGCCUAUGGCGGGCUUCGUCCCCGUCCGGGAUCACGUUAUUGUGCUGGGAGAGGUCGAGGAGAUUGUCGAGGGGCUUGGUGUUAGGCGCGGAGCAGAAGAAGGGAAAGAGGUGAGCUCGUUGGAUCCUGCUGAACUGGAGAAGUCCGAGGGGAAGGGUAUAGACGGAUACCAGUUCGGACUAGUGUAUGCCGACAGAAGGUAUAGACAGUUAGGGAACUGUAUAGUCCCGCUGCAUGGUCCAGUUAGGAGUACUCACGAGGACGAGCCUGUGAAGAACGCCAGUAGUAGGAUUAGUACACUUCCCGAAACAACAAACUCUUAA